CUUUCCUUUCAAUCUUUCAUGUUCACGGCUUCUUUGUUUCACACUCCUCAGUCCUCACCGUUCAUUCUUCAGUGGAGUUUCAUGGAUUUAUAACUGAAGAAUUCAUUCCCCCCCACCUUUCAGUUCGUUGAAAUGGCAGCCACUCUAUAUCCAACCCUCAGUCGAUUCGCCUUGCAGUUUCCUAGCUUGUUUCCCGUUCUUCGUAAGCAACCUCAACUCCUCAAACUUUGCCGGAGCUUCCGCUUGCCCCGCCGAUCCACUACACUUUAUUCUAACUCACAGCGGUCUUUCACAGUCAACUCAUUGAGCUCUCCAGUUUUUUCAGAGCCAUAUAGCUAUGGUGAAGUGGGCAAUGAGAGAUAUGAUGUGAUUGUCGUGGGAGGAGGUCACGCCGGCUGCGAAGCAGCUUUGGCUUCGGCUAGACUUGGCGCGAAAACACUGCUUCUUACACUUAACAUUGACCGCAUUGCGUGGCAGCCUUGUAACCCAGCUGUUGGUGGGCCUGCAAAGUCCCAGCUCGUACAUGAAGUGGAUGCACUAGGUGGUGAAAUUGGAAAGGUAGCUGACAGAUGCUAUCUGCAGAAACGUAUUCUCAACAUCUCCAGAGGUCCGGCUGUCUGGGCAUUGCGUGCACAAACUGAUAAGAGGGAGUAUGCUUUGGAAAUGAAAAAGAUUGUAGAGAGCACCCCAAACCUCUACAUUAGAGAGGCAAUGGUUAUAGAUAUUUUGCUGGGGAAGAAUGACAAUAUAGAAGGUGUUAGCACAUUCUUUGGGAUGAACUUCUAUGCACCUUCUGUGGUUCUUACUACUGGAACAUUUAUGAGUGGAAAAAUAUGGGUUGGUAGAACUUCAAUGCCUGCAGGGAGAGCUGGUGAAUCAGCUUCACAUGGUUUGACAGAAAAUUUACAGCGCCUUGGAUUCGAGACUGAUAGACUGAAAACUGGCACACCUGCACGUGUAGAUUGCCGUACAGUAGACUUCUCCCAAUUGGAGCCUCAGUAUGGAGAUGAAGAGGUUAGCUGGUUCAGUUUUGAUCCUGAUUUCCACAUAGAAAGGGAGCAGAUGUGUUGCCAUCUUACACGUACCACAAAGAAAACUCAUCAGCUAAUUAAGGAUAAUUUGCAUGAAACUCCCACUUAUGGAGGAUGGGUUGAGGCCAAGGGACCUCGGUACUGCCCCUCCAUCGAGGACAAAAUUGUACGAUUUCAAGAUAAAGAGUCUCAUCAGAUAUUCCUUGAACCAGAGGGUCGGAGUGUUCCUGAGCUCUAUGUGCAGGGAUUUUCUACUGGUUUACCCGAAAGAUUGCAGUUGCCACUUUUACAGACAUUACCUGGACUUGAGAACUGUGCAAUGCUGAGGCCAGCUUAUGCUGUAGAGUAUGAUUACUUGCCUGCGUAUCAGUGUUCUAGGUCUCUGAUGACCAAAAAAAUAGGAGGACUUUUCUUCUCAGGCCAAAUAAAUGGGACAACAGGUUAUGAAGAAGCUGCUGCACAGGGAAUUAUUUCUGGGAUUAAUGCUGCUAGACAUUCUGAUGGCAAAUCCCUUAUUGUUCUAGAGAGGGAAAGCAGUUAUAUAGGGACAUUGAUUGAUGAUCUGGUAACGAAAGAUCUCCGAGAGCCUUACCGCAUGUUGACUAGCCGCUCAGAACAUCGUUUGCUUCUUCGCUCUGAUAAUGCUGAUAGUCGCCUGACCCCCCUUGGUCGUGAAAUUGGGUUGAUAGAUGAUAGACGAUGGGCUCUGUACGAGGACAAGCAAACUCAAAUAUUGGAAGAAAAGAAGAGAUUGAAGACCGUCAGGGUUUCAGGCGGGGAUUUAGCUACAGAAAUUACACUUAUCUCUGGUCAGACAGUUAGGGAUUCAUCAACUUUGGAGAGCCUCCUUAAGAAACCUAAUGUGCAAUAUAAACUCUUUGAUAAGCAUGGUUUUGGAAAUCAAUUCCUAUCCAAAGAAGAGAAACAGUGCGUAGAAAUUGACAUCAAAUAUGAAGGCUUCAUUGCUCGCCAGCAAAUCCAACUCCAACAGAUGGCUCGUCAACAGCAUAAACCAAUCCCCGAGAACAUUGAUUAUUAUUCUAUGACCACUUUGUCACUUGAAGCACGUGAGAAACUCUCAAAGGUCAGGCCUCAAACCAUUGGGCAAGCAAGUAGAGUAGGUGGAGUAAAUCCUGCGGACGUUACAGCACUUGUUAUCAUUCUUGAAACCAACAAAAGGAAAGCCCAGGAGCUUCUUAGGCAACAGAAAGAACCUCUUCCUCCCACUGUCCUUGAUGCAGGCGACAAAGUUUCUGAGAAUCCUCUUACAGAGUCGGUCUGCACCUGAAAUCCACUUUUUGGUACGGCUAGUUUGUUAAUCGAGUGAAACAUCAAUGGAGCUUAGUUGUAGGGUAGGGUGGGUGAAAAUCUUGAUUACCGCUCAAUUUUUCUCAUACUCAUUUUUGUUUUAGUCUACUGCUAAGACAGUGGGGAUUUUUGAUGUGUAUAUAUAUAGUCACAUACAUGCUGAACAACAGUUCAGUGUAUAAAUGAACAGUUUAUAUAAGUUAUAAUCAACAACUUGUUUAC